AUGGGCAUGGUCUUUAAUGAAUCUCUGAGAUUGUAUCCUCCUGUUAUUGGUGUUAUAAGAAAAGCUGAAAGGGAAGUGAGAGUGGGAAAGCUCAUUCUUCCUGCUAACCUGGAGUUGUGUAUUUCAAAUUUAGCACUUCAUCAUGAUCCUCACAUAUGGGGACAAGAUGUGAAUCAGUUCAAACCAGAAAGAUUCUCAGAUGGGGUUGCUGAAGCUACUAAGAACAGCCUAGCUGCAUUUUUUCAUUUUGGACUAAGACCUAGAAAUUGCAUGGGCAACAACUUUGCUAUAACUGAAGCAAAGAUUACCAUUUCUAUGAUUCUUCAACUCUUCAGCUUCACCUUUUCUCCAGCCUAUGUCCACUUGCCGUUUCAGCUUCUUACAGUUCAUCCACAUCAUGGAAUACAAAUGUCCAAGACAGAAAGCAGCAGUGAGAUGAGAAUGUAUAUAUCCCUUGGGAUGGAAAGUCAUACCUCAUCUAUCAACAAAGACAUAUGCUUUAGAGUACUCAAAGAUCUUAAUAGUAGCACUUUUGUUGAUCUUAUUGUUUAA